CCAAAUUCAUCUCCAAGGCCGGCCAGUGGUGUUCCGAAUCCCACCUGAACUGAGGGAAACCUGGGAUCCCGAGGAGAAGGCAAGCUUAAAACAUCAUAACAUUGGCAUGCAAUGGGUCUACGGUUAUCGGGGUCGAGGCAGCAAUGGGGCCAAUAUCUACCAACUUCCCACUGGAGAGCUUGUUUACUACAUUGCCGCUGUCUGCGUAUUGUACAAUCCAGAAGCGCAGACUCAGCGACAUUAUUUGGAACACUCCAGUGACAUCGUAGAUGUUGUUGUUCAUGAGGAGUGGCCUCUGUGCGUGACAGCUCAAACCAAGGUCGUAACGGAUGAGGGAUCGAUAGGAAGCCACGUUCAUAUUUGGAACUAUGACACCUUACACAAGCUACAUUCCUUGGAGGAGUUCACGGAUAAUGUGGCAUGCAUCGCCUUAUCCAAAGUGACAGAGAAAGGAUCGACGAUCCUUGCCGUGGUCGAGAAUGGAAACAAGUCCAAAUUAUCCCUUUGGACCAUUAAUGGCACCGGGGAUGAGCCUGUAUCUAAGAUAGUGUCGGUGGUGGCUGGAGCAGACCAUGUUCAUUCUCUGGAGUUCCACCCCAUGGAUCACAACACCAUGAUUUUAACCGGAAAAGGUUUCGUGACUUUGUGGACCCUCAAAGAUGGACCCGAUGGUGCGACUAUGGAUCGAAGUCAAGGCCUCUUUACGAGAAAGAUUCCUCGUCCUAAAUCCGUGCUGUGUUCCAAAGUGGCCAAAAAUGGAGAUCUAUUGACGGGAGACUCGGACGGUAAUGUCAUGAUUUGGAAAGACGCCAAAGUUAUCCGUGUUUUAAAAGGAGCUCACCAGGGUUCGGUUGGGGAUAUUUGCGUCAUGGAUGAUGGGACCAUCAUAUCAGGUGGUCUGUCUGAUGGAGCAUUUGUCGUUUUUGACAACAGGUAUCAGCUGAUUGGGGCGGGGGCAACCCUCCCUGACGAGUUUGGUUGCGUUCGAAGGAUCUUGCAGAAGACCUAUGACAUCAAUGAAGAUGAGGUUCGAUAUUGCCGCUUAGUGGUGGGCACCUCUCGAAAUUGCAUUCUGGACGUCAGUUUCAACGUGAGUCCGGGCGAAACGGAGAUUUCAAAUUUCGAGAUCGAGCCCAUCGUGCAAGGACAUGCCAAAGAGAUUUUUCACAUAGCCAACAUACCCGGCCAAGACCAAUUUUUGAGCUGCGGUGAAGACCGUUCUGUGAUCUGUUGGGAUGGAGUUGCUCACAAGGCGGAUUGGGUACUGGAAGUAUCAGAAACGUCCUUGACAUCCUUGGCUACUGCUUUCGAUGGCCAUUUUGCACUCGCCGGCUCGGAUGAUGGGAAAAUCUUCUACAUACCCCUCAAUUCGGACAAUAUUCCCGAAAAAGAGGAGCUCAUGGAUUUCAAGGAGGGUAUUUCCUGUAUUUCUUUGUCCCCUACCGAGUAUCUGGCUAUUAUUGGCACGGAUGAUGGAGAGUUGCAUUGUGUCGAGAUUAUGUUGGAUUCUGAUGACAAGGCCAACCAUCUCUCUGACUUGAAUGGCCACUCUAGCAAAGUCAAGCAUAUUGAUUGGUCAGACGACGGCAACUAUUUACGAACCAAUUCAGCAGACCACGAGCUUCUCUAUUGGGUAGUGAAUCAAAGGACACAAGUCACGGAUUCGGAAGAGCUAGAUGACAUCACAGAGUGGGCCAGUCACACGUGUCCGCUUGAUUUCAAUUCCCUGGCAAUUUGGACACGGAUCGACGACGGUACAGAUAUCAACUCAUGUGAUGCGAGUCAAGACAUGUUGGUCAUUGGAGAUGAUCGCGGAUUCGUCUUGAUUUAUCCCUAUCCAGCCACCCAGCCCAGAUCUGAAUUUAUGCUCUUCAUUGGACACUCCAGUCAUGUCUCGGUAGUGAGGUUCCUGGGCGAUGGGACAAAAUUGGUUUCAGGGGGUGGGAAAGACUCAAGCAUCAUUCAAUGGUCGAUGGGAGCUCAAAAUUCGGGAAGCCCUGGUGAAUAGAAGGGCUUUUUU